AUGAACAACCCACAAGGGAUUCAGGAUUUAUGUGAUUUACUUAAAGAACAUUCCAGUAAAUAUGUUUCAAAAGUUCAAGCUGUUUGUGCUAUAAAAUCGAGAGGUUUUCUUUUCGGUCCUUUGAUUGCAUUACAAUUGCAAGUCCCCUUUAUACCUAUUCGUAAAAAGGGUAAACUACCUGGCGAGGUCAUUGAAUUAUCAUUUGACAUGGAAUAUGGUUCAGCAACUUUAGAAAUUCAAAAAAAUAGCAUACCUCCAGGUUCAAAUGUUUUAAUUGUGGAUGAUUUACUAGCAACUGGAUCAACUCUUGAAGCUGGAUGUAUGCUUAUAAAAAAUUUAGGUGCCAAUGUUUAUCAUUGUGUAGUUAUUAUCGAAUUAGAAGAAUUUAAUGGUAAAAGCAAAGUGCCAUGUCCAGUACAUUCUUUUAUUAAAUUAUAA